AUGCUUCGCGGCCUCUACUGGCCGGUCGGCAUCGUGAUACGUGCAUACCGCGGGGUUUGGUGGGUGAUGGGCUUUCGGUCUCCAAAGGAGACAGCUGUGGUCACCUCAGCGGUUACCAGUCCUGCACGCCAGAGCCUCUCCGGCCGCAAGCGCCUGCACCGGGUCACCCGCCUGCUGCUCACCAUCCUGCCUCGCUGGUUGCAGGGCGCCCUGGGCUACCCUGUGUCCAGCAGCAUCGGGCGCUCCCUCUCCCCAGAGGUCAGAGUCUCUCCUACUAAACCUUGUGGGAAGGGCAGCAAGAGAAAGCAGGAUGAGUUGGAUGAGGAGGAAGAUGAUGAGGAAGAGCAUCAGACCUGGGUGGAGGCUCUCACACAAGAACUUAAUGAUGAAGAUCCUGCAGAGGAUCCUGAUUACGAGCCCAGUUCUGUAGAGACAGAGAGUGAAGAGUACUGCUCGCACAACAACACUGAAAGUGACAUUGAGGUUCAGGACAAGGGUGCGGUCAUUAUUGAAGAUGUGAACACAGAUGUUGUACCAUCUACUCCAGCUGAUAACAGACUUUUGACAACAGCCAACAAAAGUCCCCACUAAUAUACCUUGUGGAGGAAAAAGAAUCAGACCUUGGAUGAGCCUCUUACACAACUUACUGGAGGAUCCUCAUGAAGACUACAGGAUGUUGAGCUGUCCAUUCCAGCUGAAGUCUCUUGCC